AUGUUGGGGGAGCUCCUCUCCAAGAUCCUGCUGCUCCUGUUCGGGUACGCCAUGCCGGCGUUCGAGUGCUUCAAGACGGUGGAGACGCGCCCCAACGACGCCCACAUGCUCCGCUUCUGGUGCCAGUACUGGAUUAUCGUGGCCAUGGUGAUAGCUGUUGAGAGCGUGAUCUCUUGGAUGCCAAUGUAUUCAGAAAUGAAGCUAGCUUUCUUUGUCUACCUGUGGUACCCCAAAACUAAGGGAAGUGAUGUUGUAUAUGACACCUUUCUUCGCCCCAUAGUGAUGCAAUAUGAACCGAACAUCGAGCAGAGAUUGCUCCAUCUCAGGGCAAAAUCUGGGCAGCUAAUUUCCUUCUACAUGAAGAAUUUUGCGGAUAAAGGAACAGCCUUCUUCAUGGAUGUCCUCCGUUAUGUUGUAUCUGAGAAACCUGAAGGAUCCAAUGCAGAGCUAAGGAACAAGAAGUCCGGCUGGAGCCCCUUCGCGACCAAGCGCCGGCCACCAUCGCCGCCGCCGGAGCCCCUCUUCGACAGCAACCCAGACGCCGCUUUGCUGGCCGAGGCCCUGCGCGGCGCCAUCGGCGCCAGGCCCCGGCGAGGGUCCAACGACAAGCAUUACUAG